UCAUUCAGGCGUUUCCAGAGACAGCUCCGGAACCUUGGGUCGCUCAGCAAUGACGCAAUAGCCGAGCGCAGCCUUGCAUGCGGCGUCCUGAGGGCUGCUUCGAUGUCUGUGACCGGCUGCGCGAGGUUGCUCUCCCGGCUCCCCCCCGGCCAGUUCCGCUGCGGAUGCCCUCUGGCUCUCCGGAGCCGGGGCGGCGGCCUGAGCCGGGCGUCCUCCGUCCCUGCCACUGCGAGAAUCGCUUUCUUCGCUUCCUCCAAUGGCGACGAGGACUCGGGCGUCAAAGGCCUGGACACGUCCUUGUUCGUGCCUCUUCCAGUGUCCCCGCAAACCUUCGGCCCGGAGGACGACGUGGGAGCCGAGCUGACGAGCCCUCUGAAUAAGAAUGAAGCAUUGAAAGCAUUGAAUAAAUUUUGCAAGAGGAGAGAAGUUCAGAAACUGGCAGCAGAAAAUGGACUAGAUGCUCGUCUUUUUCAUCAAGUAUUUAUAAGUUUUAGGAAGUACGUUAUAGAGUCCAGUUUUCUGGAUCCUGAUUUGCACAUUAUUCUCAGUGAUAUAUGCUGUGGUGCAGGCCAUGUUGAUGAUCUGUUUCCAUUUUUCUUGAAACAUGCUAAACAGAUCUUUCCUAUGCUGGAGUGUAUGGAUGAUCUGCGAAAAAUCAGUGAUUUAAGAUUACCUCCAAACUGGUAUCCAGAAGCCCGGGCUAUCCAAAGAAAAAUUGUGUUUCAUGCUGGUCCUACAAAUAGUGGGAAAACCUAUCAUGCAAUCCAGAAAUAUUUAAAAGCAAAAUCCGGAGUAUACUGUGGUCCUUUAAAGCUCCUGGCCCAUGAAAUCUUCCAAAAGAGUAAUGAUGCUAAUGUGCCAUGUGACCUGGUUACGGGGGAAGAACGAGUCUGUAUUGAUCCUGAAGGGAGAGCAGCUGCCCAUGUUGCUUGCACUAUUGAGAUGUGCAAUGUUAAUACACCCUAUGAGGUAGCUGUGAUUGAUGAAAUUCAGAUGAUUAAAGAUCCUUCUAGAGGCUGGGCCUGGACACGAGCACUUUUGGGACUUUGUGCAGAAGAAAUCCAUGUUUGUGGUGAAGAUGCUGCUAUUAACUUAGUGACUGAGCUCAUGUAUACUACAGGGGAAGAGGUUGAGGUGAAAAAGUACAAGAGGCUUACUCCCAUCAAGGUGCUGGAUAAGGCCCUUGAAUCUCUGGAUAACCUUCGCCCUGGAGACUGUAUUGUUUGUUUCAAUAAGAAUGAUAUUUAUUCAGUGAGUCGACAAAUUGAAUUCCGGGGCUUGGAAUGUGCAGUCAUCUACGGAAGUCUUCCACCUGGAACAAAACUUGCCCAGGCAAAGAAGUUUAAUGAUCCAGAUGAUCCGUGUAAAAUCAUGGUUGCUACAGAUGCAAUUGGGAUGGGGCUCAACCUGAGCAUAAAAAGGAUCAUUUUCAACUCCCUAAUAAAACCACAUAUCAAUGAGAAAGGAGAAAAGGAAAUUAACACAAUUACCACUUCUCAGGCGCUACAAAUUUCAGGCCGAGCUGGCCGAUUUAGUACGGUAUUUAAAGAAGGGGAAGUUACUACGAUGCAUCCGGAUGACCUCAUUUUGCUAAAGAAAAUUCUGAGUGAGCCGGUGGAUCCUAUAGAGGCUGCUGGCUUGCAUCCCACAGCUGAGCAGAUUGAGAUGUUUGCAUAUCACCUUCCAGGAGCCACGCUAUCAAAUCUGAUUGAUAUUUUUGUGAGCCUCUCUCAAGUUGAUGGACUCUACUUUGUCUGCAAUAUUGAUAACUUCAAAUUUUUAGCCAAAAUGAUUCAGCACAUUCCACUUCACCUGAGAGCGAGAUACGUGUUUUGUACGGCUCCCAUUAACCAAAAGGAGCCUUUUGUGUGCACCUCACUCUUAAAGUUUGCACGGCAGUUCAGUAGGAGCGAACCUGUGAUGUUUGAUUGGCUCUGCAGACAUAUUAACUGGCCUCUGGUCCCACCCAGGAACAUCAAGGACCUUGUACAUCUCGAAGCUGUUCAUGAUGUUCUGGAUCUCUAUCUCUGGCUGAGUUACCGGUUUAUGGACAUGUUCCCGGAUGCUGGUCAUGUGAGGGCCAUCCAGAAAAAACUGGAUGACAUCAUACAAAUUGGAGUGCUGAAUAUUACAAGACUGAUCCAAGCUUCCCAAGUCCCUUCUGAGACAAUGGAUGCUCCUGUUGGGAGCCUCAAAAUCAGUGAUCGGGUGCUGUAUGCAGAAAAGCCAGAGAUUUCCAUGAGCAAUGAGUUGGUCCAGGGGCUCCGAAGAGCAAGGGGACCUAAAGCCAAGAGCUUACAGUCUGCAGACACACAGCUGGGCCACAUGAAGGGUGCUCUGGCUGAAAGACUAAUACAGCAGGGGCUCCUCAGCAAGGAAGUGCUGAAACAGUUGGAGCAGGAAUGGCUAGCUCAGCAGGAUACUCAUCGGGAUGCCGGUGAAAACAGGAGCUCAACCAGACACAAAGAGAAAAAGAAAUGAAGUGAUACCUCUGCUUAAUUAAAAAAAAAGUAGUUUUGUAAA